CAAGACAACUUGGGGAAAGGGGUCCAGCGAGAAAGGAACGGACGGCGAGCGCGAGAACAUAAAACGAGAGAGGAAGGGAUAGAAAGGGAUAAGAAAGCGACCGGAUUAGAAGCUAGAAGCUCUCUCUCAUGGCGGCAACUCAGGGUCAGGUCAUCACCUGCAAAGCGGCGGUGGCGUGGGAGGCGAACAAGCCGCUGUCGAUCGAGGACGUGCAGGUGGCGCCGCCGCAGGCUGGGGAGGUCAGGAUCAAGAUCUUCUUCACCGCUCUCUGCCACACCGACGCCUACACCUGGAGCGGCAAGGAUCCUGAGGGUCUCUUUCCUUGCAUCCUUGGCCAUGAGGCUGCAGGGAUUGUUGAGAGUGUUGGUGAAGGAGUGACUGAAGUUCAACCUGGAGAUCAUGUUAUACCUUGUUACCAAGCAGAAUGCAGAGAAUGUAAAUUUUGUAAGUCUGGAAAGACAAAUCUCUGCGGUAAAGUUCGUGCAGCUACUGGUGUUGGUGUUAUGAUGAAUGACCGCAAGAGUCGGUUCUCUAUAAAUGGGAAACCUAUUUAUCAUUUCAUGGGGACAUCAACUUUCAGCCAAUAUACAGUUGUGCAUGAUGUUAGUGUUGCGAAAAUUGAUCCCCAGGCUCCUCUGGAGAAGGUCUGUCUGCUUGGUUGUGGUGUUCCUACAGGUCUUGGAGCAGUAUGGAAUGCAGCAAAGGUAGAAUCAGGUUCCACUGUUGCUAUCUUUGGCCUCGGCACUGUUGGGCUUGCAGUAGCGGAAGGGGCAAAAGCAGCUGGUGCUUCUCGUAUUAUUGGUGUAGAUAUCGACGGCAAAAAGUUUGAUACUGCUAAGAAUUUUGGAAUCACUGAAUUUGUGAACCCAAAAGACCAUGAUAAACCAAUACAACAAGUCAUCAUCGACCUCACUGAUGGUGGUGUUGAUUACAGCUUUGAAUGCAUUGGAAAUGUUUCUGUCAUGAGGGCUGCUCUAGAAUGUUGUCAUAAGGGUUGGGGAACUUCAGUCAUUGUGGGUGUAGCAGCUUCUGGUCAGGAGAUAUCUACUCGGCCUUUCCAGCUAGUCACUGGCCGUGUCUGGAAGGGAACUGCCUUCGGUGGAUUCAAGAGCCGCUCUCAAGUACCAUGGCUUGUUGACAAGUACAUGAAGAAGGAAAUCAAGGUAGACGAGUACAUAACGCACACGAUGACUUUGGGGGAUAUCAAUAAGGCUUUUGAUUUGAUGCAUGAAGGGGGCUGCUUGCGCUGCGUGCUUGAAAUGCAUGCAUGAAGUGUUCCAUCGUCAGAUUGUAUUAUAGGACCUAAGAUUAUGAUAUCAUCAUCUGUAGUGGACUUUUGUGCAUCCUGUCCUAGGGCAAUGUGGUCUACAAUAGUAAGAUGAGGGUGAAGCCAUAUUGCCAGUCAUGUUCUAAUGAACUUACCUUGUCGGUAUUUUUCUGCCUCCUUUCUUUGUUUGCCAGCUAUUUGCAUGCUUCGGAAUUUGAGAAUGAGGAUAAUGUAUUCGUCCGCAUAUCUUUUGGGGAACAUCCAACUUUUAAAUGUGGUCGAGGCCAAUAUUCAGUA